AUGGAAGAAGAUUUAAGAAGAAAACUCAAAUAUAUAUCAAUAUGGUGGAGAUCUCUUGGCGCAUUUUUUUUCUCUCAACACCUGCAAGGAACACUCAGGUGGGGAAAUAAAGCUGAGAAGAGACCCGGCAUCCUUAGUGUAUAUUGGGUGUGGGGUUUUCUCAUGCCUAAGGGAGCCAAUCCCUGGGCAUGGGUUUUUACCCUCAGUGGUUUUGGUAAAGACUUGCUGCGGUAGAGCGAUAUGACUCCUACAGACCACAAGACAGCAUGUGCCUAAUAUGAUACUGGGAGCUGUGUCACAGGGGAUCGGCUCUUAAGGGUUUUAAAGAUAUAUGUGCACAAAUACCUGGUCCGUUCUGUGAUGGCGAUGUCGAAAGUUAAUAUAUUAAUUAGAAGAAAACUCGCAGAUCGGCUUAGACCCCAAGACAAAUUUGGAAAUAAAGGCAUAGCCAGAAACGCCAGCAACACUGCACUCCAGCUCUCCAAGCCAAAACCAUCCUUAGUCCCUCGGCUUCAAUCACUGAAUGCUCAAUCCACCACAAAUCUUCGGAAACCCAAAACGCUUGAACCCCUUUCCCCAUUUCUUAAAGGCUCCGUGUUUUCCCCAGCUAUGACUUUAAUGACAAAAGGUGGGUCGAUGGUGUUUACAGAAGAAACCAAAAGGCUUGGAAUACUUUCUGAUGAAACAAGAAAAAUUGAGCCACUUUUGUCGUCAACUAAAAGCUUCAAAAUUAAAAAUUUGCCUCCAUUAAAGACUGGGAACAGGAAAAAGCACGUCCAUGGAGAUGCAAGACCUUUAAAAGAAGAAGAAAUGCUUACAAAUGAAGUGGCCGAAAACCCAACACCUUAUGACUUUAUACAAGUCAUAAAAUCAGACCCUGAACUUAUGGAGGAUUUCUGGUACUGCAACAGAAAAGGGGAUUCUUAUGACUUUGAGCUAGUCCCAUUCAAAAAGAAGAACCCAAAUGAAUACCUUACUAUUAGCUCAAGAGGUGUCACUCAUUUUAUCAAAGGGGAAGCUUACUUUUUAUCACUAGAAGAAUGGGAAAGAGAAUAUAAACUUUAUCAGAGGCUAAAAGAAAUCAAAUUUUUCAAACAAUAUAAAAAAUGGAAAAACUUUUCACUGUGGAAAAAUCUAAGAAGAAGAAAUAUGAUGACUGAACGAGCUCAAUACCUAGAACAUGAGCUGUUUAUUCUUGAUAAUAAGCUUAGAGACCCUCUGCUAAAUGUCCGCCAUCAAAGCUGGAAAAUAUUAAGAUUUGAUUUACUUGACUUGAAUUUUGACAAUGUAAGGACUCUUGAAGAAUUCAAUGCAGCUCAGGAUUCCAAAAGAAUUGCUGUUGGGGAUGAACUUGAAGACUUAGAAACGAAUAUCAAAAAUCUGGUCGCGAUUUCUUGCAAAGAAUCAUUAGAAGCGUUUAGAAGAGAAAAUAAAACUACAGUCAAUGAUGAAGAAGGCAGAAAAGGCCCAGAAGAAGACGCUGACCCAUUUUUGGUUGGUGAUAUAUCAAAUAAGCAAAUGCCAUACACCCAAGAAGCAAUUAUAAGAACCCACUAUAAAAGAUUAGCGAAGUUCAUUAGACUAUGUGACUAUCAAAUUAUUGAUGCAAAAAUGAGCUUAUCAGUCCAAUCCACACAAAAAGUACUAAAAGUCGUCAAUUUCGACUAUGGACAAAAAGAUAAAAAAUUUAUUGGGCAAAGAAGGCAGCACAGCCCUCUGCUGGUUAUCAAUUCAGAUUUUGAGCUUCGAGAAAUCUUUUAUGAGCCUGACAACGAAGCUGUGAAAAUUGCUAUUGAUGACGCCAUACUAAAUCUCCCUUUCAUGAGCUAUAAAAUAUAUUUUUCGCUCAGAAGGGCUAAUUUAUUAAAAAUUUCAAAAUUAUUACUUACAUCAAAAUAUUUUUUUUAUAAAAGAAUGUUCAAGCUACUUAUGGAGUGGCUAAUUUUCUAGAAAGUUGGAUUUCCAAUGGUUUUUGUUACUUAUUCAGGAGGGGGUAAGGGGCUUAACCAUGCUUCUAAACAACUACAUGCUUGUAAGCGUCCCUGAGUUCGAAAGAUAUACAAAAGCUCUAGACGAAUUCGAAGAAAAGCCAGUAGAAGAAGAAUUCGACUUAUUACAGAUGGUAGUAAACGAUGAAAUGAUAAAGAAAAUUGGCAGCGACAUUAAGGAUGGAAUUGAUAUCUCGUUCGCCACACUUGUAAAUUUCUCUCAGCAUUUGCUGCCAAAUCUUGACAUUUAUAUCGAAAAUUCAAGAAUGGAUAUAGAGAAAUACAGAGAUGCAGAAAUUGAAGAAAUUAAGCAUGCAAUUGAUGAAUAUAAAAGGCAGAUCCACGAUUUCAAAACAAUGAAGGAAGAAGAAGACGUUGGGAUAUUCCAGCUACAUGUCCUGAACAUUAAGAGAAAGCUCAUCCCAUCCCCAAAACACUGUUUGCAAAAAAUAGAAGAGCUGCUUCCAGAAAUUGCUUUAGACUCAGCAAUGAAACUGACCAAAACUUUGGGAGAAUACAAUAACAAUAUCAAAGGAAUCCCUAAAAAAGUAGAGGAAUACAUAAAUGUGGUCAAGCAUAUGAAGGUGAUUGAAGACAGCUUGCAAGACAUCACAAAUCGCGUCAAUGAUUUGAAAGAUUUAAUGCAGCUCAUGGAAGCAUAUAGCAUUAGAUUCACUGAUCUUAAUAAAAGAAAAUAUAACGAAACGUUGACACAAUUAGACUCACUAAGGACAAAAAUGCAAGCCUUUUAUGAGCGUGGAGAAAAUGAUAAGACUAAAUUUACUAGAAUGCUCAGGGAGAGCGCACAUUCAGUAGAAAAAAGAAAUAACGAUAUCAAAGAGCUGCUUAAAAAUGAAAAUUUCGCUAAUAAAGAUGCAAAUAAGCAAGAAAACAUUGCAUUUUUAGCAGAUAUCGGAGAAAAAGUAGUAAAUUUGGUGCAAGAUACCAAGGAUUUCAGAAAUUACUAUUUAGAGCUAGAAAUGGAGCCUAAAGAAUACCCAGAGGUAGAAGAUACGUUUAAAGACUGGAAAAAUAAGAAUGAAAUGUGGAAGGCUUUGGAUGAAUGGGAAAAGAAAAUUGUGAUCUGGAGCAAUACUCCAUUUUGCAAAAUUGAUGUAGAAGUUAUCAGCAAAGAAGUCGAUGGGUACGAUAAAAUCGCUAAAAAGUGCAAAUCGCUGGAAGACCAAGGAAAUUAUGUACCACAAGUGCUUAACUCCCCCCCCCCCUCCGUGAGCGAACAAAACCAUUAGAAAAAUCGCCAUUUUUUGACCAAAAACCCACCCUCCGUGAGUGAACAAAAAUUUUUUUAAUAGAAAAAAUUUUAAUGGAAAAAAAAUUUUGAUAUAUAAGUGAUAAUUAGUAUAAUGAAAUCUAGAGCUAAUUCUGUUUAAUUUUAAACAAAUUGCGUUUUAAAACAUAAAAUUUUGCAAAUUAAAAUUAAUAUUUGCUUCCCAAUUUUUGCAAAUUAGGAUUUUUUUAAAAUUUCGAAAAAAAUAUUUUUUAUAAAAUUUAUAUAUAAAUUUUUUUUAAAAAAAAAAAUUAACCCCCCUCCGUGAGCGAACAAAAUUAUUUUGUUCGCUCACGGAGGGGGGGGGGGGAGUAAGUCAUAUGUUGACGUGCUGAAAGACACAAUGCCAAUUGUCAGCGAUUUAAGGUUUAAAGGACUAGAAGAAAGGCAUUGGGAACAGAUAAGAAAAGUUAUUGGGAUUGAUAUUGAUAUAAAAGACGAAACUUUUACUUUAAGAAAGCUUUUGGACAUCAAAGUCAACAAUAUGAGAGAAGAAAUUGCAGAAAUUGCAUUAAGGGCUAGAAAAGAAGAAGAAAUCCAAAACCAGCUCAGCGAGAUUGUAUCAGGCUGGGACAAUAUUGAAUUCCACGUUGAAAAAGUCGAAGAGAACUAUAUAUUUAAAGAAGUUGACGAAAUCAUGGUUAAGCUUGAAGACUCUCAAGCUGGUCUUUCAACUUUAAUUUCUAAUAGAUUCGUAGGCCCAAUGUUUGAAAAAGUUGACUAUUGGAACAAAGUUUUCAAAGUCUUUGCUGCCACUCUUGAUGAAUGACUUCUAUGCCAAAAACAAUGGGGCGAGCUUGACAAAAUCUUCAGAAGUGGAGAUAUUGCAAAAAAGCUUAAUAAAAGCCACAAAGCAUUUUUGACAAUUGACACCUUUUUCAAAGAAAGAAUGAAAAAAGUGUGGGACUCUCCCAAUGCACUAAAAGCUGCUACAGAAGAAGGGCUUCUUAAAAGCUUGCAAGACACAAACAAAAACUUAGAAAAACUGCAGAAGAAAAUAGAAGAGCAUCUUGAUAAACAAAGGGUCAAUUUCCCUAGAUUUUUCUUCCUUUCUAACGAUGAGUUAUUGAUAAUUCUUUCUAAUUCACAAAAUGCAAGGGAAAUUCAGACCCACUUGAAGAGUAUGUUUGAGAAUAUCUAUGAGCUAGAGUUUGAAGAAGACAAAGCAGAGUCUUUUACUGGGCUGAUUUCAGCAGAGAAAGAAACUUUGACGCUGCACUCCAAAAUCAAGUCUAAAGGAAAUCCUGAUGAGUGGCUGAAAACGCUUGAAACACAAAUGAGUGAGUCAUUGCGUCGCUAUAUCAGAGAAGCCAUCAAAAAAUAUGGUGACCUAUCUCGCAAAGAUUUCAUUUUGAGCACUGAUUUGGUAAGCCAAGUCAUCCUAUGCACUGCUAUGAUUAUGUGGACCUGAAGCACAGAGGAGAAUUUGUCUGGAAAAAGUGACGUAAGUGAGUCUCUGACUGAUUGACAUGAUGUUAUCAAUGGAUAUCUGGAAGAACUUACAAAUCUUGUAAGAGAAGAGCUAACUUUAGCAAUGAGACGAAGAAUUGUAGCUCUUGUCACUCAAGAUGUCCAUAAUAGAGAUACUAUAGAGAUGCUUAAAGACGAAGAAGUCACUUCUGCAAGCGAUUUUAGAUGGCAAAAACAUUUACGCUACUAUUGGGCUGAUUUCGAAGAGAAAUUCAAAAUUUCUCAGCUGAAUGCUGACUUGGAGUAUGGGUUCGAAUUUAUGGGAGCUACCACAAGGCUAGUCAUUACUCCGCUUACUGAUAGGUGCUGGAUGACCAUCACAGGGGCUAUGAAAAUCAACUUAGGCUCAGCUCCUGCAGGCCCAGCAGGUACUGGUAAAACUGAGUCUGUAAAAGACCUUGCCAAAGCUAUGGGCAAAUAUUGCAUUGUUUUCAACUGUUCUGAACAAAUCACUUACCAAAUGAUGGAAAAACUCUUUAUGGGGCUCUGCUACACAGGCUCUUGGAGCUGUUUGGAUGAGUUCAAUAGAAUUGAUAUUGAGGUUCUCUCAGUUAUUGCUCAGCAGCUUAGAAUUAUUAAGCAGUCUAAAGAUGACAACAAACCAGAAUUCUUUUUUGAAGACAAAAAAGUUCUACUGAGGAUAGAAACUGGCGUGUUUAUUACCAUGAACCCAAGCUAUGCUGGCAGAACUGAACUCCCUGACAACUUAAAAGUUCUGUUUAGGCCUGUUUCUAUGAUGGUUCCUGACUAUACUCUUAUUGCAGAAAUCAUGCUAUAUGCUGAAGGCUUCAAAAAUGCCAAACACUUGUCAGGUAAAAUGACGAAGCUUUAUAAGCUUGCUUCAGAACAGCUUUCUCAGCAAGACCAUUAUGAUUUUGGUAUGAGAGCUGUAAAAAGUGUGCUGAACAUGGCUGGUUCUUUGAAAAGAAAAGAGCCUCAUCUGACUGAAGAUAUCAUUUUGAUAAGAGCUAUGAAAGAUUCAAAUGUCCCGAAGUUUUUGAAGGAAGAUUUAGUCUUAUUUAAUGCGAUUGUGCAAGAUUUAUUUCCAGAUGUUGAUAUUCCUAAUGUAAAUUACAGAAAUAAAAUGGUGGAAUUGACGGAAAUUGGACUCCGAGGUGCACUCUAAGGAGAAGAAGGAAACAUCUUGAUAAAGCUGAAAAACAGUGCCUCUAUCAGUUUGCGAAAGUCUUUUCAAGCAGAAAAGUUUUGUUUUCUUGUUUCUGCCAGAUGGACUAGACAGGUUUUGUCUGCCACAUAUUUUUGCCUCAUUGGGACCAUCGGGUACCUUACAGACUUGGUUGUGCUCUAGAGAGCUAAUCCCUUGCACAGAUAGUUUGUCAGAAAUUCAAAAGGCAACAUUUUGAAGCCAAGUGUGCGAUGGCUAGUGGGUCUACCUGCUUAUGAUCAGUAUAACUUUAACUAACUAAUGUGGAUUAUGGAGAGCUAGAAGCAGCAAUUAGAGAAUGCAUUGAUAAAGAACGAUUACAGCCGAUUGAUACAUUUGUGAAUAAAGUGAUACAGCUGUUUGAAACUUUUGAGGUUAGAUUUGGUGUCAUGAUUGUGGGGCCUGCAACUGCAGGAAAAUCGAUUUGCUACAAAAUUUUGGCACAAGCCUUGACUCUGCUGAGAAUGAAAAAUUCUCGCAACCAGAGCUACCAAAAAGUACAAUUCCAAAUACUAAAUCCUAAAGCAAUUUCAAUGGGUGAAUUAUAUGGUGAAUACAACGAAGUCACUUUUGACUGGAAAGAUGGCUUAGCCAGCUCAAUUAUGAGAGAAUUUGCUAAAAAAGAAGAACUCACAAGGCGGUGGGUUGUAUUUGAUGGACCAGUAGACUCAUUAUGGAUUGAAAACAUGAACACAGUCCUUGAUGACAAUAUGAUGCUAUGUUUGGCAAACCAAGAAAGAAUAAAACUUAAGCCAGAAAUGAGGAUGCUCUUCGAAGUCGCUGAUCUUUCUUCAGCCUCUCCAGCUACUGUCUCUCGUUGCGGUAUGGUAUAUAUGAAUAUCGAAGCUGUUGGCUGGAAAGCUCUUAUACAAACAUGGAUUACCAAAGAGCUAUCAGAAUGGCAGCCUGAGCAAAGGGAUCAUUUAGUUACACUUAUAAGCACUUAUAUGGGUAAAGCUUUAUCAAUCGUACAAAGAUUGUCUGAGCCAAUACCAACCAUGACCAAUUCAUUGAUUAAUUCAUUUUGCAACUUAUUAAAAGCAGUGGCUCAGUUUGAUAGAAAUCCAAGAUUUAAUGAUAAUAUUGAGCAGUUUAAGAAGUAUCUUGAUAAAAUAUUUGUGUUCUGCUUGACUUGGUCGAUUGGAGGCGCUUUAGAUACCAAUAGUAUGGUUAAGUUCGACUCUGCUAUAUCUUCAGAUCUUAAUGUAGACUUACCCAAGGGAUCAUUGUAUGACUCUUGUGUUGUUUCCAACAAAAUCCAAGGCGAUUACAAGCAGUGGGAUUCCAUGAAAAAUGAAUUUGUGUAUAACCCUGAUGUGAGUUAUUUUCAGCUGCUCGUUCCUACUAAAGAUACAAUACGUUUUGAGCACCUUCUUAAAUACAAUAUAAGCAUUCAGCACCCAGUCUUCAUAACUGGCUACACAGGAGUAGGAAAAUCCGUAAUCAUCACAAAUACUUUGACAAGCAUGAAAGAAACCGACAACAUGUACCCCAUUUUCAUCACGUUUUCAGCACAAACUUCAUCGCUCUACACCCAAAACUCAAUUGUUACUAAACUUGACGCAAAAAGAAAAGACUUACUUGGUGGUCCAGGGACCAAAAAAGUAGCCUUACUGAUAGAUGACGUUAAUAUGCCGGCUGUAGAAAAGUUUGGAGCCCAACCACCAAUAGAGCUUUUGCGUCAAUUUUGCGAUCAAGGCUUUAUAUAUGAUCGCGAGAAAAAGUUCCCAUUAAGAAUUGUAGACACCACACUUAUCUGCUGUGCAGCGCCACCUGAAGGAGGACGAAACAAACUAACCCAGAGGUUUACAAGGCAUUUCCAUGUAUUGUGUAUUCCACAUACAAGUGAAGAAAAUAUGAUAACCAUUUUCAAGACUAUUUGUGAUGGCUUCUAUAGUAAAGGCUGGAAAAGUGAGGUCAUUGCGAUAGUCCCACAGAUCGUUUCCGCUACCAUUCACAUUUAUCAGCAAAUUAGUGUAGAACUAUUGCCAACUCCAGCUAAGUCACAUUAUUUAUUCAACCUUCGUGAUGUUUCUAAAGUAUUCCAAGGGAUUCUUAUGGGCAAACCUAGAAGUUUGAAUAACCCUGAUAGUGUGAUUUUCCUUUGGGUUCACGAAGCAAUGAGAGUGUUCCAUGACAGACUUAUUAAUAAGCAAGACAAGCGCUGGUUCACAGAAAUGGUCACAAAAAUCCUUGGUCAGCAUUUCAGACUUGCUUUAACCCAUGAUCAAGUAUUUGUUGAAAAAACCAUCAUUUUUGCAGAUUUCCUUAAAGGGGAUUUAGCUAUGGACGAAAGAGAGUACGAGAUGGUGGGCAGCACACAAAUUCUUAUGAGGAGAGUAAACGAGUUCCUUGAUGAGUAUAAUUCAGUAGGAACCCACGAAAUGAAACUAGUCUUCUUUAAUGAUGCAAUUGAACAUCUAUCUAGGCUGUGCAGAAUUUUACGGCAACAGAGAGGAAAUGCUAUGCUAAUUGGUGUCGGCGGGUGUGGAAAACAGUCACUUACGAAACUGGCUGCUUUUAUGUGCCAUUGUGAAUUCUUCCAAAUUCAAGUGACCAAGGACUAUAAGUUAGCUUCUUUUAGAGAAGACUUGAAAAAGCUGUUUGUGGCAGCAGGAGGGGUGAUUCCAAAGCCAUCAGUAUUUUUGCUGACUGACACCCAAAUAAUAAGUGAAUCUUUUCUUGAAGACAUAAACAAUAUUUUAAAUUCUGGAGAAGUGCCUAAUCUCUUUACAAAAGAAGAGCUUGAUCCUAUUGAACAAGAUCUUAGAAUUGUUGCAGAAAAGGAAAAAGUGUUUGAAAACGUUUACAACUUUUUCAUACAAAGGGUGAGAGAAAACUUGCAUAUUGUUCUAUGCAUGAGUCCUGUUGGUGAUGCUUUGAGAGUCCGAAUGAGAAUGUUCCCAUCAUUAGUAAAUUGCUGCACAAUUGAUUGGGUUGAUCCAUGGCCUAAUGAUGCACUUUUAAGUGUGUCUGAAAGCAAAUUCCAAGAUUUGAGUAUUGACUUCUUACCAAGGGAUGAGUCUUUGAAAGUAAAAGCAGCUUUAGCUCGAUUAUGCGUUGAUGUCCAUCAGAGUGUCAUUGAAAUGGCUGAUGAGUUUUAUCCUAUUUUAUAUUGAAUUUAUUUAAUGAAAUCGUAAAAUUCCCUAAUAAUUCAUGGAUUUAGCCUUUUAAAACAAAAAAAUAUGUUCAUUAGUAUUAAAUUCUUUAAAUAUACCAAAUUUUAAACAGAAAAGUGUAUAUCACUCCAAAAAGUUACAUUGAUUUAAUAUCUGGCUAUUUCAAGCUCCUCGAAGAAAAACAGAAAGAGCUAAGCGGAGCCCGACAAAGAUACAGAAAUGGUGUUGACCAGUUAAUUAAGACUAAUUUAGAUGUGCAGGAAAUGCAAAAAACACUUGUGAAUCUAGCACCUGUUUUAGAAGUAAAUAAAAAAGAAUGUGAAGAAUUAGGGAAAAAACUUGAAGUAGAUACAGUCCAAGCAAAUAAAGUUAGAGAAAUUGUAGAAGAUGAGGAAAGAGAGGUAAACAUGAAAACUCAAGAAAUCAAAGUCCUACAAGAAGAUGCUGAAGCUGACCUGAACCAAGCCAUGCCUAUAUUAGAAGAAGCAAUCAGAGCAUUAGGAAAUAUAAACACAAAAGAUAUAGCAGAAAUCAGAACCUUCGCCAACCCUCCUAAACUAGUUGUGUUCACUCUUGAAGCGAUCGCUAUCUUGUUAGAAGCCCAGACUUCUUGGGAAUCCAUCAGAAAAAUCCUCCAAAACAACUUCUUAGAUACUCUAAUAAAAUUCCCGAAAGACAGUAUAAAGCCAGUCACCCUCAAAAAGCUGAAAAAUAAAAUUGCCAGUCUCCCUGACUUUACUCCUGAAAAAGUUGGCGGCCAAAAUGUCGCAUCUAAAUCUCUAUGUGAGUGGGUCUAUGCCAUAGUAAACUACGCACAAGUAUCAAAAGAAGUCGAGCCUAAACGAAAAAGACUAGAAGAGCUCAACAAAACAUUAGCUGAAGCCGUUGCAAAUUUAGCUGAUACACAGAACAGAUUAAGAGUCGAACAAGAAAAGGUUGCAGGACUUGAGGCCAAAUUUAAAGCAGUACUAGAUGAGCAAAUCAGCUUAGACAAUGAAAUCCAGACCACAAAUUUAAGACUUUCAAGAGCUUCUGUAUUAACUGAAGGUCUUAAAGAUGAGCACCAAAGAUGGAAAAUUUCAGUGGACAGACUGACAGAAAAAUUGCGAAAUAUUUUAGGAGACAUUUAUUUGUCAGCAGCUUGUAUCAACUAUUAUGGACCUUUUUCUGGGUUAUAUAGAAACAAGCUAGUAGCCUUUUGGAUGAGCAAAUGUCAAGAGCUUGGAAUACCAUUCAGCAGCAAUUUUGAUUUAAUUGACGUAAUGGGCGAUCCACUUGUAAUUAGAGAAUGGAAUAUUGCGACUCUUCCUACUGAUUCUGUGAGUGUUAGCAAUGCAAUUUUGGUCACUAGGUCAGAAAGAUGGCCACUUAUGAUUGAUCCUCAAGAGCAGGCUAAUAGGUGGAUUAGAAAGAUGGAGGAGUCAAAGGGACUGAAACUUAUUAAGCAGACUGAUAAAGACUUUGAAAGGAGUUUAAAAGCUUGUCUAAGGGAUGGAGUUCCUAUGCUAAUUGAAGAUGUAGGCGAAACAUUAAAUCCUUUGCUUGACCCUGUUUUAAAUAAGCAUCUAGUAGAGCAGUCUCCAGGAAGAUUCACGCUGAGAAUGGGAGAAACUGAUAUUGACUAUGAUAUGAACUUUAAGCUGUAUAUAAUCACAAAGCUUUCUAAUCCUCAUUAUCUCCCUGAAAUCAGCAUCAGGGUCAGCUUAAUCAAUUUCACAGUCACAAUGAAAGGUCUAGAAGAACAGCUUCUAGGUGAUGUCGUCCGCAAAGAAGAGCCAAAAAUAGAAAUUGAGCAAAAUAAGCUCGUGAAAGACAUAGGUGAUGGACAAAGAGAGCUCAAAAACUUCGAAACUUUAAUUCUUCAAUCCCUUUCUGCUACAGAAGGAAAUAUCCUCGACGAUGCGAAACUAAUAGCUAGACUAGAAACAGCCAAAAAGUCAUCAGAUUUGAUCAAUAAAAGAAUGAUAACUGCUGAAAACACCAAAAAAGAAAACGAAGCAGCUAGAGCUAAAUAUCAAAAAGUCGCCAGAAGAGGGUCAAUUUUGUAUUUUGUGAUCGCUGAUUUAGCAAAUAUUGAUCCUAUGUAUCAGUAUUCUUUGAGUUAUUUUUCAAAAUUCUUUAAUUCCAUUAUUGACCAAGCUCCAACAAAUCCAGAUGCCCAAGUCAGGAUUGAAAUUUUGAUUAAUGCGAUUACUGAAGUCAUUUACUCGAAUAUUUGUAGAGGGCUUUUUAACGCUCAUAAACUUAUUUUCAGCUUUUUAUUGGCGGCACAAAUACAAAGAGAUGCUGGGCUUAUUAAAGAUGCUGAGUGGGCUAUACUGUUGAGAGGUGUUUCUAUGGUCCCUGCUGACUUUAGGAGGACUCCAAAGCCUGAUAUAGCAGGAGUCACUGAAAAGUCAUGGAAUUUCAUUGUAUUUUUACAAAAUGUCAGCGAAGCAUUUAUGGAGCCAUUUGUAGGCGAAGAUAUCAGAAAUAACAGAAAAGAAUGGCAUACCUGGAUUCACUCCAAAGAGCCUCAAAAAGAGCCACUGCCAGGAAGAUACAAUAACCUAUCGAUAUUCCACAAAAUGCUUUUAAUAAAAGCUUUCAGAGAAGAAAAAAUCAUAUACAUGGUCUCAGAAUUCAUUAGCCACGUUUUAGGUCCUAAAUUUGUGCAGGUUACACCCACAUCAAUGGAAGAAGUUUAUGUAGAAACUACCAAGAGGACUCCAAUCAUUUUCAUUUUAAGCCAAGGUGCUGAUCCAAUGUCUAUGAUUACCAGGCUUGCUCGUGACAGAAAAUUCCUAGAUAGAAUUGACCCUAUUUCUCUAGGUAAAGGACAAGACGAAAAAGCAAGAAAAGCUAUCGAAAAAGGCCUUAGGGAAGGAAAAUGGGUCAUAUUGCAAAACUGUCAUCUUGCAAAAUCGUGGAUGCCAGACCUGGAAAAACAAAUAGAAAACUUUGACGACCCUAAAACAGUAAUCCAUGAAGAAUUCAGAAUUUUCUUGACAUCAAUGCCUUGCAAUUAUUUCCCAAUCCCUGUGUUGCAGAAUGGAGUCAAAGUCACAAUUGAGCCACCUAAAGGAAUCAAAUCAAACUUGCUUAGAUCAAUGACUCUUAUGACUGAUGAAAAAAUCGCUGAGUCAAAUAAGCCAGAAACUUGGCAAAAAUUGAUUUUCUCUUUAUGCUUAUUCCACGCAGUAAUACAAGAACGUCGAAAAUUCGGUCCAUUAGGUUGGAAUAUCCGUUAUGAAUUCAAUGAAAGUGACCUAGAGACUUCUAUUCGUGUGAUUGAAAAUUUCUUAAAUGAGCAAGAAGUGGUUCCAUGGGAAGCUAUUAAAUUUGUUACCGGAGAAAUUAACUAUGGUGGAAGAGUUACUGAUGAUUUAGAUAGAAGAUGCUUAAUGAGCACUCUUUCCUACUUCAUAAAGCCAGAAGUCCUUGAAGAUGCCUUCAAAUUUUCUGAAAGUGGUAUAUAUGCAAUUCCAUCAGAAAGUACGGUUCAAGCUUAUAAAGAUUAUGUUAUGAACUUGCCUAUUACAGAUGAGCCAGAAAUAUUCGGGAUGCAUGAAAAUGCAAAUAUUACUUUCCAGCAGCAAGAAAGUUCUAGUGUGCUAAAUGCGGCUUUAUUAAUUCAGCCUAAGGAGAAAGGAAAGUCUUCUAUGGGGAAAACGCCGGAUGAGAUGGUAGAUGAGCUUGCGGCUAAAUUUUUAGAGGAGUUGCCUAACCCUCUGAGUGAGCAAAUUUCUUUGCUCGCUCAUGGAUCAGAGUUAAUGCUAAUUUUGUUUAAAAUUUUAUUUUUAAAAUCCAAAUUUGCAAAUAUUUUAAACAUUAUUUAAUUAAUAUUUACGUUUUAUUGUGCAAGCUGUCUAAAAUUUAAUAAAAUUAGCUAGAGAUUUCAUUACAAUCUUUUAUUAUUUUUAUAUAUAAACUAUUCCAUAUAGAAAAUUUUUAUAUAUUACGACAUUUUUGGAGAUGUUUAAUUUUUUCAAAAAUUAGGACUUUCUAAUAUUUUUACUCUACCACGUAGAGGGGGAGUAAAAUUUUAAUGAAAUCAGAAGCUGGCAGCCAUACUUUUGUAGUAGAAAAUGGGCUGAUGGAAGCCAUGGCUACUUUUCUAGGCCAAGAAAUGGAAAGAUUCAACAGGCUUCUAAAUAGAUGCAAAACAAGUUUGGAAGACUUGAGAAAAGCAAUACAAGGGCUUGUCUUGAUGUCUGAUGAUCUUGAUAGAAUGUAUAACGCCAUGAACAAUAACUUGAUUCCUGAGCUUUGAAAUCGUGUUGCUUAUCCUUCACUCAAGCCGCUUGCAUCUUGGUUUACUGAUCUCAAAGAAAGAGUUUCAUUUAUUCGUAAAUGGCUCAUCCAUGGUAAGCCUGAAUCUUAUUGGCUAAGCUCUUUCUUUUUCCCACAAGGAUUUUUAACAUCAGUAAUGCAAAGCCAUUCAAGAAAAUUCCGCGUUCCAAUUGAUAUGCCUAAUUUGCUAAAUAUUAUAUAAAUUGCCAAGACUACUAUGCAUUUUUAUAUAAAUAUUUUUAGAAGCCUCAGAUAUCUAUUACCAAUUUAAUUUAAAAUAGAAUAAUUUAGUAUUUACAUUUGAGUUGCAGUCAUUUAGUGAAAUCGAAAGAAUUGAAGAAAAAAUUGAUGAUGGGGUUUAUGUCCAUGGACUAUUCAUGGAAGGAUGCAGAUGGGAUCCAGAAACUAAUGUGCUGGAAGAUUCUAAGCCUGGAGUUAUGUGGACUUUAGCUCCUUUAAUUUCAUUUAUACCGAGCGAAGUACAAGACAAUGUUGAUGAAGAGGAAGAGUACUACUUAAUGCCUGUUUAUAAAACCUCAGCAAGAGCAGGGCAGCUAUCAACGACAGGGCACUCCACAAAUUAUAUAAUCUCAAUUGAUGUUCCGACUCAUAAGCGGCCUCAGCAUUGGAUUCAGAGAGGAGCUGCCUUUUUAUGCCAACUUGAUGAUUAG